AGAGAGAGAUGUUUAAUUAAAAAAGGAUAGUGAGGGGAAUGAAUUCAGCCUCUUGCUCUGAAUGCUCUCAGCUUCCCACCCUCUCACCCAGACGACAGAGAGAAAAGGACACCACGGGAGGGAGGGAAACGUACAGGAGCUCAGGCUGAUGCAUCUGUGCCUCAGCAUCCAUUUCACAGAGAUUACAGUCAGGAGCAGGGGAGACGGCGCGCAUUUCUCCCACAGAUACACGGUGGUCUUACCGACAAUCGGACUUAUUCCCGCCGACAGUGGCAGUAAAUCUGUUUAUCAGGAGCGCAGAGGCUGAUCAGGGCGCGCGGAAGGAAUAUAUCCGACCACCUUAAGUUUUUUUUUUUUCUUUUUCUUUUUCUUUUUUUGGAAGUUGCGCAGUGGAACAAACAAGCAAACAAACAUGGGAAUGUGUGGCUGUCUGGCUGUUCCUGGGAAAUUGCUGGUGGUCCUCGGACUAAAAUUGCUGCUGCUCAUACCUGCAGGAGUUCCAGCCAGGAGUGGAGAUUCUGCACUUAAGGACAACAUCACCGUGAGGCAGGGGGACAGCGCCGUCUUAAAAUGCAGUGUUGAUAGCAAAGUCUCUCGAGUGGCUUGGCUCAACCGCACCACCAUUCUGUUUGCAGGGAGGGAGAAAUGGUCUUUGGAUCCUCGUGUUAUCCUGAUGGAAAACACUGCCGUUACAGAAUACAGCAUUAAGAUCCAAAAUGUUAACAUUCAUGACGAGGGACCUUAUGUCUGUUCCAUUCUGACCAACAAGAAACCAAAAUCCACCAAAGUACAUCUCAUUGUUCAAGUACCUGCCAGGAUAACUAAUAUAUCGAAGGACAUCACAGUAAACGAGGGCAGCAACGUCAAUCUGAUGUGCCAAGCGGUGGGACGACCUGAGGCCAGCAUCACAUGGAGGCAUCAGUCACCAAGCGGUGGCCAUAAAUUUGUGAAAGAGGAGGAACAUUUGGAGCUGAUCUCCAUCACGAAAGACCAGUCGGGAACGUAUGAGUGCAUUGCCUCUAAUGACAUCUCCAGCUCUGAUAUAAGGAGAGUGCAAGUCACAGUCAACUAUCCUCCCUUCAUCUCAAAGGCAAGGAGUACAGGCACUCCAGUUGGACAGAGAGGGGUUCUGCAGUGUGAAGCCUCUGCCGUUCCUAGGGCAGAUUUUGAGUGGUACAAAGAAGACCGUAGGCUUCUCAAUGGAAUAAAUGGUCUUAAGAUAGAGACUCAAGGCAAACAGUCGCUGCUCAUCUUUUUCAAUGUGUCAGAAGAAGACUAUGGAAACUACACCUGCGUUGCCAUGAACACAAUGGGAAUCACUAAUGCCAGUAUAAUUCUUUAUGGUCCUGGUGCAAUACAUGAUGUCAACGGAACACCCAUCUUCCCCUGUUGCUCCUUUUGCCUCCUGCUGACUAUUAUCUUAUUCCACCUGCUCAAGUUCUGAUGAAAAAUGUGAUCUUCACUUCAAGCUUCCUGCAGCACUGAACAGCAAGAACAGACGGUUUAGUCCUAUGCCCUAUGAAAAGAACAGGAAACCAAGAAUGCCACUGGUUCACUCUUUGUUUUCUUUCUAAUUUCCUUUUGGCUUUAUGUCAGAAUCUGUUCUCUGUUGGUUUAUCUAGAGUAAAAGGCAACUUUGGAAAGAAGGGAAAAGUUUAAACAUGCACUAAUGUGAUGAUGGUAGAACUACUGAGCUUGUGUGUCCCAAACCUUUUUGUAUGUGAAUAGGAAAACAUGAAAAAAAAUGUGUGUUACCAGUGAUAUUUGACUGUUUAUUGCCUAAUAUGGAAGUGUAAAUUCAAAAUAAUACUAUUAUUGUGUGACAUUUGUUCAAUAUCUGUACAGUACCAGUAAGCUUUUUUAAGUCAAUGACAAAAAAGGAAAUAAUGCAACGUGAUUGUUGAAUUUCACUGUAUUUUUACAGUUGUAUGCAAAACAGAAAAAGCUGGUCCUUCAAGAUGAUCAGUUGAGAAUAUUAAAGAAUAUACCGUUAUUUCUCAGGCAAAGUCCUUUAGCAUAGUGCAUACUCAUUUUUACCUUUAUCAUAGUGUGUGUAGAAAAUGUAUAAAGUGAACAGUUAACUCCUGCACUCAGUGAAAAUGCAUUCAUUUCUGAAAUAGCAUUUUUGAAUCACCUCAUCACAGAGUCAUAGCAGCUUCAGGGCAUAUUCAUACUGACAAUCUGAAUUCAGAUUCAUGCACAUCAUUCAUGUGAGUUUUACUUCAAAACAAAAGUAUUAGAAAGGAUGACACUUUGGUCUGCACACUGUCAGUCAGCGUGAUCUGCUUACAGCUGAUGGCUGUUUGACAACAUCCAAUUAUGAUUACCUCAAUAUAGUGCCAGGUUUAAUUAGCAGCUUUUUCCUUAUUCGUAUUAAGGCCUUCAGUUAUAUUUAGUCAUUUGUAUUUACAUUUUCCAAAACAUUUUUUCUUGUUUACUAUGAAGCCAUAGUUUUAAUGUAGUGGUUUGUAUAAAAGUAAUGUUGUUGUUGUUUUUUUUUUUUUUUUUUUUAAAUAUGUGAAAAUGAACAUAUUUAGUCCAUAGCUUCUUCGGGAGCCACAGUGAUCCUCAUGCUUCUCUUUUGAACUUUAGACCUCUAUGCAAACUAGACCUUACAUUUAGAUUUAACAACCAUCUUAUUGAGAUUGAAGGAAAAAUGCAUCACUGGCUGAUAUAUUUUUGAUUUGUAAUUUGCUAUAUUUUCAUUUGUAUUUAUUUUUUAAAUGCCAUACCGUUUCACAAACAUAGGUAAGUGAAACGUAAAUGUACUGUAGAUAGAAGGAUUCAAUUUAGAAAGCAUUUACUGUUUUGCAGGUUUUGAGCUUUCUAAAACAGCUUUUUAUGUUUAACAACACAUUGUUUUCGAUUCAUAUCAUUAUGUUUUUUAUAGAAAAUUAGAAUCACCCAAAUCAGAAUUCUUAGUUUUUUAUGUGGCUAUGUAUCAGCUGAUGCUGAGUUGCAAUAGAAUACGAAAAGUUAUCUAAAUCACUGUUAUACAUUCAUGUGAAAAAAAUAGGACACUCUAUAAAAGCCUGGGUUUUUCUAAAAUAUUAAUAUAUGUGGAUAUUUAAAAUAUUUAUUGUGUCAAUAUCAAAUAUCAUGUCUGUAAGAUCAGAAAGUAACUACACAAGUUUAAUUUUCAUGGGAGUUGUGUAGGGAGGAAACCUUCACUUUCUAGGAACAUGAAGGCCAGACUAAAGUUUGCCCAAGAAUGUAGAAAAAGAGCAGGACUUCUGGAAUAAUGUUUAAUGGACAGAUGUGUCUUAAAUAGAAUUUGUUUGGCCACCUGAAAAGAGGACAUGUUUGGCAUAAAGCAAUCUGUAGCAUUGUGAUCCAACCAUCUAAAAAUCACAGAAAAUCCCAUGAAUUCUAAAGGGAUUUUACAGGGUGCUCCAAGAAAUAUGUGAGAUGAUCUGAAAGCAUUUAAACCUGAAGCAGAACUGGACCCUGUAAGAUGACAAUGAAAACAGAAAUCAGUAAAUGAUCCAUAGACUAGUUGAUAAUAAAAUGAUGGGAUGUCCUGGGCAGAUCAAAGCCCAAACAUUUAAGUGUGACAAAAAAUGAAAAACAAAAGAAAUUUCUAAGAUGGGAAAUAGAUUUUUCUUUAUGUCUCCAAAUUGGCUGCAAAGUAUCUCAGUGAGGGUAUGGCUGAUAUCAGGUAUCAAGAUAGAAGGUGCGUUUCCUUGUGAGAUCAGUCAUUUUAAAAUGCUGUGAUUUGGGACCUGAGCCUAAUGACUGGGUUUAGAUAAGGACAUCCCUGCUCAAUAUUAUUGGCAUUCAACUUUCAUCUUUACCUCCAGUUAUCAUUUAUCAGUAAUUCUAGAUUACAGUAACAGUGGGGAAAAUGAAAAUAAAUAUUUUAUUAUUACCUUGUAUCUCAAGCAUGAAGUUGGGAAUUUUAUUUAAAAAAAUAUUCUUGUUAAUAUUUUUAUAUAGUCAUCCAGUGAGUAUUUCCUUGUCAUGCUGCGUUAAACCUGGCAAAACCUGCUUAAGAACUUCUUUAGUGAGUUUCUGAAAUAAUAGUGUUCAAAAUCUCACUGAACACACAGUCAGCUUGUAUGAAUGUUCCUUGUAGCUGCUCUGAAGCUAUAUUCAUGUGUUGUGAAUGUGUAUUUUUAACCUGAUGUGCCCAACAUCAACAGUGGAAGCUGUGUUCCAGAACUGGAUGAUCGAACUUUUGUGUAAUGGCAGGUGGGCUAACUUUUAAAGGGACAGUUUUUGGUCAGCCCUCUGACUAAAAUAUCCAUUGACUAGCGAAUACAAGUGGUUGCCAAUGUGAUGUCCCUCUGUUCACUUCAUUUUGUGCAAACCUAUAAGUAAGAACUGUGUUAAAGACAAAAGAUCAUGGAUUGAGACUGAUGUAUAUGGGAGUGUUUUGUAAUGUACUCGCCUAUUUGCUUGUUAAGAUGAUUGUGAACCAGUCAGUUAAAGACUACACUUUAUGGCCAAAAAACAAACAAAAAAACCCACAGAGUGCUGCAUUAUUUAUAUGAAACAAAAAUUGUUGAGACAGUCAGAGAUAGAUCUACUUCUUUAAAGCACAUUAUAUUCUCAGAGAUAGUAGGCUGUCAGUCUGAGUGUAAAUGACCUUAUGGUACCUGAACCACUCUUUCAGAUUAAGCCCAGUUGGUCCUGGUCAUUGAGCCUGGCAUCACACAAUUAACUUGUUGCCACCUGAAACAUUAGUCAAUUCACUUCUUCUCCAAAAGGACAGUUUUUGGCCAGUCAGUGUAUUUUAAAGGAUAUGCUAACUUAGGUAUUUAUUUUUUGUUUGUUUUGUUCUUUUUGCAAAUAUGGCCUCUGCAAAAAAGGGUUAAAGGUCAGAGUCAUACUUUCCAUCCCAGACAAAGCAACAUGACAAAUAUUGAUGUCAAUAAUCUUCAGUCACUCUAUUUUAAAUCCCUAUUAAAAAGAACUGACACUA